AUGAUUUCUGCUGUGAACUCGAGUGAAACCGACGCAUCCGAACGCAAUCCAAAGGUCAUGCCCAUCGCCAUCAUCGGCAUGGCCUGCCGCUUCCCCGGUGGCGCGUCCAGCCCCGAAAGACUCUGGGAUGUCUAUGCCAACGGGCAGAGUGCCUGGUCUCCGAUUCCGAAAUCUCGGUUUCACGCGGAGAGCUGGUAUCAUCCGGACAAGGAACAUCUAGGGACAUCAUAUGUGAAAGGCGCGCAUUUCCUCGCGGAGGACAUUUUCCGGUUCGAUGCUGCGUUCUUCAAUUUCAUAGCCGACGCGGCCAGCACAAUGGAUCCCGAAGUGCGCCUGCAAUUAGAGACCGCCUAUGAGGCCCUGGAAAGUGCAGGUCUCCCCCUCGAUCAAGUGACUGGCUCUCGCACCGGUGUCUAUGCAGGCACUUGUUUCCGAGAUAACCAUGACAGUUUGUUGCGCGACCCCGAUACUCUAGCUCGGUCCUUCCUCACAGGUAAUGGCGCAGCAAUGAUCGCGAACCGGAUCUCCCAUUUCUUCGACCUCCGCGGGCCCAGUCUGAUGGUCGACACCGGGUGUUCGACGACGCUGACGCUGUUGCAUCUGGCAUGCCAGAGCCUCCGGGCGGGCAAGUCAGAGAUGGCCAUCGUGGGUGGCUCAAAUAUCCUACUCAACCCGGAUAUGUUCAUUGCCGGUUCAAAUAUUAGCUUGUUGUCGGCGGAAGGGCGCUGCUUCGCCUUCGAUGCUCGAGCCACGGGCUAUGGACGUGGGGACGGAAUUGCCAGUAUUGUCAUCAAGCCCCUGAUAGCAGCAGUCCGAGACGGUGACCCGAUUCGUGCUGUGAUUCGCAACUCAGCCGCAAACCAGGAUGGCGAAACAGCGACUCUGACUUCGCCCAGUCAGGAGGCACAGGAGGCCUUGAUGCAGGAAUGCUAUGAGAUGGCUGGUCUCGAUCCGCGCGACACCGAUUUUGUUGAAGCCCAUGGGACAGGCACGGAAGCGGGCGAUACCAUUGAAGCUCGUUCUAUUGGGCGCGUGUUUGGCCUCAGACGUUGCACUGAGUGCCCGCUAUUGAUCGGCUCGGUGAAGACGAACAUCGGCCAUACGGAAGCUGCUAGUGGUCUAGCGGGUGUUAUCAAAGCAGUCAUGGCGAUGGAGAAGCAGGCUAUUCCUCCGCAUCUGAACUUCGAGUCUCCGAACGAGAGCAUCGCAUUUGAUGCAUUAAACUUGAAGAUUCCCCUCAUGUUGCAGGAUUGGCCUUCACUGUCGCUGCGGCGGGCAUCCAUUAACAACUUUGGUUCUGGAGGUGCGAAUGCUCAUGUUAUUAUAGAAACCCCAGAGAUACUGCAGCGGAGUACCCCUUUCUCAGGAACGGUGAACACCGCAAACCCUAAGAAGCGGUCUCGUGUGUUUGUGCUCAGUGCCAAAGAUUCCGGAAUUGCUCGCAGAAUGGGCGAGAAUCUCUGCGACUAUCUCGCGACCAGGAUCCGUGAAAGCGAGGAAAGCGAGGAAAGGGAGGAAGAGUUGCUCGAUCAGCUGGCUUUUACCCUCGGACAGCGACGCACCCGGUUUCCUUGCACCAUAGCCUGGAGUGGCUCGUCGAUCACUGAAGUACACGCCACUAUCGAUGCCCCAGGUUUGACAACCCAGCGCAGUAUGCGUGUGCCACGCGUGGGAAUGGUAUUCGCCGGUCAAGGCGCUCAAUGGUUUGCCAUGGGUCGCGAGCUGCUCGACGCUUACCCGGCCUUCUGUGAUGCCAUACACGAGGUCGACGCUUGCUUGAAGUCAAUGGGUGCUACGUGGUCUGCCCUUGAGGAACUGCAGCGAAAUGCCGAGGAAAUCGACCUGCUACGUUCUUGGGGCGUUUAUCCUGCAGGAGUCACCGCUCAUUCCAGUGGAGAGGUGGGUGCUGCCUACGCCGCCGGAGCCAUCACCCUGAAAGGCGCAUUGGCAAUUGUGUACAUUCGAGGCGAUCUGACCAGUCAGUACCAACAACUCCUUGAUCGUCGAGGAGGCAUGGUCGCGGUGGGCCUAGGACGUCAGGAUGCUGAGAAGGCGCUGCUGGCUGAGGUUCGAUCCGGCAAGGCCAUCAUCGCCUGCGUAAACAGUCCGUCUAGCGUGACGAUCUCGGGCGACGAGUGUGCGAUUGAGGAAAUCAAGACAAUACUCCAUGGCCGUGGUGUCUUUGUGCGUCGUCUUCAUGUCGAGGUAGCCUAUCAUUCGCACCACAUGCUGCCGCUGGCUGAGGCGUACCGAGCCCAGCUGUCGCGAUUCCUCGAGCCGAACCCCGUACUUGACACCGGCAUCAUCUACUCGUCCCCAGCCACGGGGGGAAGGAUCACGUCGGCUGCAGAGAUUGCUCACCCCGACCAUUGGGUGCGUAACAUAGUGCAGCCGGUGGAGUUUCUGAGCUCGUUGCGUAACUUGUGUCGCGAUGAUUCUGACGCCACCAGGACCGCUAUUGACAUGCUUUUUGAGGUCGGCCCGCAUGGCGCUUUAGCUGGUCCUAUUCGGCAAACGUUGACGUUACCUGAGCUGAGUAGUCGGGAGAUCACCUAUGCUACGUGUCUGUCGCGUGGCCAGAACGCUGUCCAGACCAUGCAUCAGCUCGUCUGCACUCUUCUGCAAGCGGGCUAUCCUGUUGACCUGGAAGCCGUCAACUUCCCUUGCGGCUGGAGCACGCUGCCCGUCUUGACCAACCUUCCACCUUACCCGGGGAACCACGAGACCUCAUACUGGGCAGAACCUCGUCGUAACGAAGAACUCCGCCAUCGAACUGUCAUCCCUCACGAUCUUCUUGGGGUUCCUGCACCAGGAUCGACUCUGACUACGCCCACGUGGCGACAUAUAGUCCGCCCUCGUGAUAUCCCUUGGGUGCGCGACCACAUCGUGCAGGGAGAAAUUGUCUAUCCCGGGGCGGGGUUUAUGAGCAUGGUGGUUGAGGCACUGCGACAGUUGCAAUCACCAGCCCAACCCAUCCAUGGCUAUGAGCUGCAGGAGAUUCGAAUACACAAGCCACUAAUCCUGGAAGACUCGGCGGAGGGAGUAGAGGUACAACUGUCCCUCCGUGCAUGUAGCGAUCAGAUGAAUGGCUCGUCGACGUUGCAUUGCGAGGGGUUUUGUUGUACCUCAGUUCUGGCUCAGAGUGCCGGUUUGAUAGGCCCUCCUGCUCCUACUGCUGCACCAUUACCAGUACCUCCCAGUACGUGGCGUACCCUUGACCCCGCGGAUAUGUACAGGAUGCUAGACGCCGUAGGUCUGUGCCUCGGCCCUGUCUUCCGGAAUCUGGUGUCGGCAAAAUCCGCUCCUAGAUACGCGCAGUCAGUGAUUCAGGUGGCCGAUUCGGCGACGACAAUGCCCCAGCAAUACCAGCAACCCCACAUCAUUCAUCCUACCACUUUAGACGCAGUCUUCCAUGCAGCCUACCAGACUCUUCCCGUUGGGGGAAGCGGAGAACGCGCCGCAAUGAUCCCGACAUCUAUUCAGGAUCUUUACAUUUCCGCGGACUUGACAGCGUCCCCAGGUCACCGGUUCCACGCGAAUUCGACCUUGGCGCGGAGUCCGAAAAGUCGGGUUCUCACUGUCCAGGGGCUCUGGUGCCAGUCCUUAGGUCCGAAUCCUGCGAUGCGGAUGCCCGACGACAGACUCUGCUAUACCUCGGUCUGGAAGCCAGAUAUUGAUUUCGUCCGACCUGAGCACUUCAUUGAGCUAGAUGCACCAAGCGGGACCCAUCUCCAUCUUUUUCAGCUACAAACCGCGGCUGUCAUGUUCAUUGUGGAUGCUUUGCAUCAAGUUCAAGGUAAAGAUCUUGUUGCAUCUGAGCAUUCCAGUUACUGGAAAUGGAUGACAGACGUUGCAGAAAGGGCUCGUCCGAUUCUCGACAUCCUGGGGGUUACCGCGCAUGGAAUGGCAGCGCUGACACAAGAGCUGAAACAGUGUGUCGAGGGAAAAUUACUGUGUCGAUUCGGAGAGAAGCUUCCUGACGUCCUGUCUGGAAUAGCCCUGGCGAAAGACAUCCUGCUGGAUUUCAUGGCCGAGAACCAGGCUGAGUGGUAUUCUGUUUCAGAGAGGCUCGAAUCGGUGUUAACUCGGCUGCUCCAGCUUCAUGGCCACAAAUGUCCUCGGGCAAGGAUCCUCGAGAUUGGAACAGGCAAUGGUGCCAAUACACAGAGAUUUAUCAAGACCUUGACCAAGGUCGAUACGCGACUGUUCUCUCGCUACGAGGUCACUGCCCCUAGUGCAGAACUGGUCAAGAACGCGGAUACGGUCCUCAAGGAUGAGGCAGACAUCGAGUGCAAGGUUCUAGACUUGAACGCGGAGCCUGAUGCCCAGGGAUAUGCCCGGAGAAGCUACGAUUUGCUUAUUCUAUCCGCAUCAGCUUUGUUGACGGUGAAGGAAAUGGUUCAGACCCUCAGCUCACUGCAUGUUCUUCUUGCCCCUGGUGGGAGAUGCAUCCUCUGGGGCCCCAGCCUGGGCGAUGGUGCGUUGCAGACUAUUUUCCGACUUUUUCCAGGAUGGCAGGGCAGUUUUCAUGCCAGUGGCCUGUGGAAGGAGCUCUGUGUGCAGGCCGGUUUCGAGUCGGUCAGCUCCCACCUCCAGCCAGAUCUCAACGCAGACGGGUACCAAGGAGAAGUAGUCGUUGCGACGGCCAAGACAGACGUGACAUCUGCCACUCGAACAGAAGUUCUGCUCAUUUCUAGAACCAACCCGCCGGAAGACUGGCAGCAAGCACUCCAGCACGGGCUAGCUGCUGAAUUUGUGUCUGGCGUCUCCGUUGUCUCCUCGCUUGAAGAGGUUGUUGCCGAUGGCAAAACUUGUAUCGUCUUAGACGAGCUUUUUCAGCCAAUGCUGGAUGACCCUACCGCUGAGCAAUUCCAUGCCCUUCAACGCGAGCUCAGCAGCUGUCGGGCUACAGUGUGGGUAUCAUGCGGUGCACAAUGCAAUGCUGAAGAACCUCUGAACAGUUUGCAUCAAGGUCUCCUCCGCACACUGCGCUGUGAGAAUCCUCUUCACCGAUACGUCUCGGUGGACUUGGACCCCAAAGCCCCCCACAUUGGCAGCGCUCCUCUGUCAGAAACCGAAUACGCUGUGCGGGAUUCCGUGAUCCAUAUCUCACGGGUAUACGAAGACCAACAAGAGGCCCAGCUGGUGGGCACCACGCGGCCUCAGGCCCCCGAGAUGCGGGCUUGGUCGACCCCUGGCCAGAACAUUCGGCUGGAAGUUGCCACCCCGGGUCUGCUCAACAGCCUUGUGUUUACGGAAGAUCCCACUAUCGACGAGGCUCUUGCCGACGACUGUGUGGAGAUCGAGCCACGCGCCGCUGGCUUCACUGCUGGACAGCGGGUAUAUGCCUUCAUUCUCGGCUACUUCGCAACCAGGGUGCGUAUCCCCUUCACCAACGUGGCCCAGAUGCCCGCGGAACUGGACUUCCUCACGGCAGCCUCCAUCCCCUUGCAUUUAUCACCGCCUUUCAUGCCCUGGUGGAUCUGGCACGUCUCCAGCGCGAUGAACGAGUGCUCAUCCACCCCGGCACGGGGGGUGUCGGCCAAGCCGCCAUUAUGGUUGCGCGUAGAGGAUUACGGGAUCCGCCCGUCGCACAUCUUCAGCAGUCGCAACCGUUCCUUUGCGAAUCAUCUCAUGUCGGCGACCAAGGGGAAGGGGGUGGACGUGGUGCUCAAUUCGCUUGCGGGCGCUUUGUUGCGCGAAACGUGGCAGUGCGUCGGGAUGUUUGGACGAUUCAUCGAGAUCGGUAAGCGGGAUAUCGAACAGAACAGCAUGGUGGAGAUGGGACCGUUUGGGCGGAGUACGAUGUUCGCGUCGCUGGAUCUGAUCACGCUCGGGGAACGGAGAGGUAAGGAGGUGCAACGGAUCUUGGGAGCGAUCAAUGGAUUGAUGGAGAAACGGGAGAUUCGACCGGUCAGGCCGAUCACGCUGUUUGGCAUGGGAGACAUUGAGAAGGCAUUUCGCACGAUGCAGACCGGGCAACACGUGGGGAAGAUUGUGAUGGAGGUGAAGAAGGAGGAGGAGGAGAAGGUGAAGGUGCAGCGGCCGGUGCGACCGGUGGUGAUGCUGUCACGUGAGGAGACCUAUCUAAUCGUCGGCGGUGUGGGGGGAAUCGGGCAGUAUCUCGCCCAACGGCUGGUGGUGGAAGGCGGUGUCCGCCAUCUCCUCCUCCUCUCCCGAUCGGCUGCUUCUGCUUCUGCUUCUACUUCUACUACCACCACCACCACAACUGGAACUCCUCCAUGGCUUGCACAUCUACGACAGACCACUGGGGCUACAAUUGUGCUAGUCAGUUGCGACGUCACUAAUACGACUCUGCUGCAGUCGGUUCUACAGCAACAUGCCUGCCACCUACCGCCCAUCCGCGGCGUCAUUCAAGCCGCCAUGGUGCUGAAGGAUGGAAUCUUCGAGACCAUGGCCCGUGAAGACUACCUCGCUGCCAUCAAGCCCAAAGUCCAAGGAUCUGGGCUCGGUGGCAACGCAGGCCAGGGCAACUACGCUGCUGGGGGAAGUUAUCAGGAUGCAUUGGCCCGCUACCGCGCAAGUCAGGGUCUCCCCGCCGUCUCCAUAGACUUUGGAAUGGUCUCAUCCGUCGGCGUCGUCGCAGAAUCGAAACCCCUCACGCAUCACCUCGAGAAGCUCGGACUACGCGCCGUGUCCGAGCAGGAGGUGUGGCCCUUGGUCGCGUCCGCCAUCCGCCAUCCCAUCCGAACCCCAGAGACUUGUCACAUCGUCACCGGGCUACCAAGGGGUUUGGUCCGGUCGGAGGCUACUGCGGGCUGGAACCGCGAUGCCAGGUUCGCCAUUUUUGAGCAGCAAACCCCCUCUUCUUCUGGUCCUGCAUCUCGUUCCUCACCGGAAGCCGGUCUGAGAGACCACUUGGCUGCCGCUACCACUUUGACUGAAGCAGUCUUAGUCAUCGAAAACGCCUUGGUCACGAAAUUGGCCGAAAUGUUCAGUCGCACCCGAGAGGGGAUUGAUCCCUCCUUGCCUCUCGCGCAAUUCGGCGUCGAUUCCUUAGUGGCGGUGGAAUUGCGCAAUUGGUCGGUCGCGACGGUGCAGGCGGAUUGCUCCAUCUUUGAUGUCAUGCAAGCGGUUUCGAUGACCGGGCUCGCAGGGAAGAUGGCGGAGAAGAGUCAGUUUGUCAAGCUGUAG